CUUCCGUGUCAACAUGGCGGCAUCCAUGGCAGCGCAGGCUGCAGCUAGAGGAUUGAGGGCAGCCACCUCAAAGCACUUACUUCUUGACAAACUGAAGCUUCAAUGCACCUGGCUGAGUCCUAAAAGAUGGCUGAAUCUUCAGGAGUACCAGAGCAAAAAGCUGAUGCAAGAGUGUGGUGUGGCUGUCCAAAGGUUCUAUGUAGCUGACACGGCCUCUGAGGCCUUAGAGGCUGCCAAAAGGCUCAAUGCCAAAGAGAUUGUGCUGAAGGCUCAGAUUCUGGCUGGUGGGAGAGGCAAGGGUGUGUUUGAUAGCGGCCUCAAAGGUGGAGUACACCUAACUAAAGACCCUGCUGUUGUUGGUGAACUGGCCAAUAAGAUGUUGGGUUACAAUCUGACUACCAAGCAGACACCUAAAGAUGGAGUGAAAGUGAAAACGGUGAUGGUCGCUGAGGCCUUGGACAUUAGCAGGGAGACCUACUUUGCCAUUCUAAUGGAUCGUUCCUGUAAUGGUCCUGUCAUGGUUGGAAGUCCACAGGGAGGGAUGGAUAUUGAGGAGGUAGCAGCCAGCACUCCAGAACUCAUCUUUAAGGAUGUCAUAGAUAUAUUUGAAGGUGUGCAGGACGACCAGGCACUUUGCAUGGCAGCUAAUUUGGGCUUCAAAGGACCUCUGCAGAGACAGGCAGCAGAUCAGAUUAAGAGGCUGUAUGAUCUCUUCCUGAAAGUCGACGCUACUCAAGUUGAAGUCAACCCUCUUGGAGAAACUCCUGAAGGACAAGUGGUUUGCUUUGAUGCGAAGAUCAACUUUGAUGACAAUGCUGAGUUCCGUCAAAAGACUGUCUUUGCAAUGGACGACAUGACUGAGAGUGACCCCACAGAGAUGGAAGCUGCCAAGUGGGAUCUCAAAUAUAUUGGACUGGAUGGAAACAUUGCCUGCUUUGUGAAUGGAGCCGGUUUGGCCAUGGCCACAUGUGACAUCAUUGACCUGCAUGGAGGAAAGCCAGCUAACUUCCUAGAUCUUGGAGGAGGAGUCAAAGAGAGGCAGGUGUACGAGGCCUUCAAGCUCCUUACUGCUGAUCCGAAGGUUGAGGCCAUUCUUGUCAACAUUUUUGGGGGGAUCGUCAACUGUGCCAUCAUUGCCAAUGGUAUCACCAAAGCAUGUCGAGAGCUGGAGCUAAAGGUGCCUCUGGUUGUCAGGCUUGAAGGGACCAACGUCCAUGAAGCUAAAAGGAUUCUAACCGAGAGCGGCCUGCCCAUCACAUCGGCGGACGACCUGGACGACGCUGCUAAGAAAGCAGUGGCCGCCAUCAAGAAAUAGUCAAGAUGAAGCCAUCUCAUUUUCCUCAAGAACGUCCAAGUGGCCUUACUGCCUGUCUAUGUAGCUCCAUUCGCAGUCACGUCACCAACAUGUCGGCUGCCUGUACCUCAAUAGGCUUGUUUUUAACAAACUGUCAUCGCCUCCUUUCACACUACAGAUCAUCACAUGCUUUAUGAGCUUGAUGAGCCGUUCAUUUCUUCUCCCUCGUGCAGAUUGCCUGCUCAUAUUUCCAGUUAUCGCCUCUAUUCUCUACAUUGAUUGGCAUUGAUUACCAUGUAAAUGUAUUGCUUUUUAUUUUUCCAUUAUGAAAGUCAGUCAAACAGACAGACAAUAUUGCAAUCUUGAUAACAGAUUAGACCGAGGCCUAACACUUUUUCCAUUCCAUUUUCCAAAACAUAUUCUGGCGGUGUUUAGUUUUUUGUUUUCGUAGAACUUUUACGACCAAUUGUUUAGAUUAAGUCAAUUUUAAGAAGAGGCAUUGUCAAGCUUCACAUUAAUAAUUCAUCUUGUCUUUGGUAUAAGACGGGAAAAGAUUAAAGAGAAGCAGACAAUGUCACUGUGACAAUUGAAUGCUGUUUGGAGCCAUGGGAAACAUCGGCAAUGUUUCCCUCUUUUGUUGUCUCUCUGCUUCCACUCAUCCAUCCAAUCAUGUGCAGAUCAUUAUUAUUCAUCAACAUGGAUGAAGUAUACAAACUUAAAGCGCUGUGAAUUUUCUACAUCGUGUCUUAUUUGAGUUCUUCUUCACUCAGUGAUGCAUAUUUGCAACAUAGUAGAUCUGUGCCUAAAAAUGGUUUGUAAAAAAAUUCUGUUCCACUAUCAUUCAGAUAUGUUGAAGAAGCAACCUCAAAUAUUUUAAUAUAUAAUAAAACAAGUGAUUGUUGUUUUGUUUUUUUUUUUACUCUAGAUGAGCAAGUAGGUGUUGAAAGCCAAAAAGUGCAAUGUGAGAAUACACGUGUAACCUGAAUAUAGUUUGGGCCUAAUUUCAAUCAAUAGCACCAUUCUUGCUGUUUUGUCAAAUUGGAAGCUAUCAAACAGUAAAAAUCUAUUUCAAUCCUAAUUUUGUCGUCUGUUCAGUCCAAAUAAAAUCACUUGUACACUAAUAAAGACUGAGCUUUUCUUUU